AAUGUCAGUUCAACUCCUCCACUGAAAACGUUUUUAGAACUUGACGAUUCACGUUGUCUUGUCCCAAAACCCCAUACUUCAUUUCCAAGACUCGCAAUCUUCUUCCUCACUGAAAAAGUUGCUCCCUUUUCCCAACAAAGAAAAUCCCCAUUUUCCGAUUGUUACGGAGUAUGUUAACCUACGGUCUACGGGUAGUUAUACUUUACGUUAUAAUAAUGUUACUGUACUAGAUUUGGGAUUUGGUUUUUGUGUUCUGGGUUUGGGUAAAAGUGGGUGCGAUGAGAGGGAAAGAGACAGAUGUUCCUCUGGAAUCUUCUUGACUUCCUUUCAUCUCUGAAGCGAUUCCAACACUCACCGUCCGGAAAUUGAGUGUAUUCCUCUCCCUGCCAAUCUUCUGGGCACCCAGAAGAAAAAAUAAUUUCCAAGUAAAAGAGAAAAAAAGGGUGCUAGAUGGCGACAUUGGGUGAUAUGGGGGUUGCGGCCGCUAUUAAUAUUCUCACUGCAUUUAUCUUCCUAGUGGCGUUUGCAAUUCUACGGCUUCAGCCAUUCAAUGACAGAGUGUAUUUCCCGAAAUGGUAUCUUAAAGGUUUGAGAAGUAGCCCGUCACAAUCUGGGGCAUUUGUGAAGAGGAUUGUUAAUUUGGAUUGGAGAUCGUACGUGAGGUUUCUGAACUGGAUGCCCGAAGCACUGAAAAUGCCGGAACCUGAGCUCAUUGAUCACGCUGGACUUGACUCCGCUGUAUAUUUGAGGAUCUACUUACUCGGGCUGAAAAUCUUCGUUCCUAUAGCAUUGCUGUCGUGGGCUGUCCUUGUUCCCGUUAACUGGACCAAUAGCACCUUGAAAGACUCUAACUUGACCUAUAGCAACAUUGAUAAGCUUUCGAUUUCCAAUAUUCCACAAGGCUCUCCCAGGUUUUGGGCUCAUAUUGUGAUGGCCUACGCUUUUACGUUUUGGACAUGCUAUGUUUUGCGCACCGAGUAUGCAAAAGUUGCUGAUAUGCGUCUUCACUUUCUUGCUUCAGAAAAGCGGCGACCUGAUCAAUAUACAGUCCUUGUUAGGAAUGUCCCUCCAGAUCCUGAUGAAUCGUACAGUGAAAGUGUGGAGCAUUUUUUCCUUGUUAACCAUCAAGAUUAUCUAACGAAUCAGGUUGUAUGCAAUGCAAACAAACUUGCGAAAUUGGUGAAGCAGAAGGAGAGUAAGCAGAAUUGGCUUGAUUAUUACCAGUUAAAGUAUUCUAGGGGGGGCGAUAUGUCGAAACGCCCUACGAUGAAGACUGGUUGUCUCGGCCUCUGUGGAAAUAGAGUGGAUGCUAUAGACCACCAAACAGCUGAGAUUGAGAGAUUAUCGAAAGAAAUUGCUGAAGAGAAAGAAAGGGUAAAAAACGACCCCAAAGCUCUCAUGCCUGCAUCGUUUGUCUCCUUCAAAUCUCGAUGGUCUGCUGCAGUUGCUGCACAAACACAACAGUCCAGAAACCCGACUUUGUGGUUGACAGAGUGGGCCCCAGAGCCCCGUGAUGUGUACUGGGACAAUCUGGCAAUUCCAUAUGUCUCGCUGACGAUUAGGAGGCUCAUAAUUGCUGUUGCCUUCUUUUUCCUCACUUUCUUUUUCAUGAUUCCUGUUGCAUCUGUCCAAGGUCUCGCUAGCAUUGAAGGUAUCGAGAAAAGGGCACGAUUUUUGAAGCCUAUUAUCGAGAAAAAAUUCAUCAAAGCGUUCAUUCAAGGCUUUCUGCCCGGUCUUGCGUUGAAGAUUUUUCUCAUUGUGCUGCCUUCUAUAUUGAUGCUGAUGUCCAAAUUUGAAGGCUUUCUGAGUCUAUCAUCGUUGGAGCGAAGAGCAGCUUCCCGAUAUUAUAUUUUCAACUUCGUGAACGUCUUCUUUGCCAGCAUAAUUGCGGGAGCUGCCUUCGAACAGUUGAACACUUUCCUCCAUUCGUCAGCAGACAGUAUCCCGAAAACUAUUGGUACUGCUAUCCCGAUGAAAGCCACUUUCUUCAUAACCUAUAUAAUGGUCGAUGGAUGGUCGGGAACUGCUGGGGAGAUUUUGAGGCUGAAACCACUUAUAAUCUACCAUCUCAAGAACUUUUUCCUGGUGAAAACCGAAAAGGACCGGGAGGAGGCAAUGGAUGCUGGAAGCAUCGGUUUUAACACGGGCGAGCCCCAAAUCCAGUUGUACUUCUUGUUGGGCCUUGUCUAUGCUGUCGUCACGCCAAUUCUUAUUCCUUUCAUAAUCGUGUUCUUUGGUUUCGCCUUCCUUGUAUAUCGACAUCAGAUCAUUAACGUGUACAACCAAGAGUACGAAAGUGCUGCAGCGUUCUGGCCAGCGGUCCACGGGCGCAUAAUAUUUGCAUUGGUCUUCUCUCAAAUCUCGACAUUGGGAUUGCUGAGCACGAAGCACGCUGCUACAUCAGCGCCAUUCCUGAUCGCUCUUCCUGUACUAACCAUCUCGUUUCAUUUGUUCUGCAAAGGCCGAUAUGAGCCAGCAUUUACCAAAUAUCCACUACAGGAAGCAAAGAUGAAAGAUACUCUGGAAAGAGCAAGAGAGCCUACUCUGAACCUGAAAGCCUACCUGCAAGAUGCUUAUGUGCACCCGGUUUUCAAAGAAGGCGACGAUGAUGAGGACGAUGAGAUGAGUGAAAAGCUGGAGAUGGAGGGCAUAUUGGUCCCCACGAAACGCCAGUCCCGGAGGAACACACCGGCUCCAAGCAAAGUCAGCGGCGGCUCCUCACCAGACGUGAUUUUGGAGAAAGAACCCUGAUGGUUUACUAGUUCUUUAGGAGCUUGAUGAAAAUACAGUGUAAAUUAUCAUCUGCCAUGGCAGCUGAAAGCCACCUUUGUAUAGGACUCCCAUACCAUAUUCCAUGAAGGGGCAUUGGGAAAUCUGUAGGUUAAGGCAAAAUGUUGAGGUUCAGUGUGUUAGAUAUGUGUGGUGUUUUCAGGAGGAAGAUUCAAUUUGAAGUGUUAGAUAUUUCUGUAAUUUCAUCUCUCUUAUUCCUUCAGUCUAAUGAUUUGGUUCCA